CUGGCGAUUGGGGAUGAGGGCGAGCGGCAGGUAGAUCUGUUGCGCAGCUGCUAUAAAGCUGCGCGCUGGAAUUGCAGAAGGAUCAUAAGUUGUCACAUCUGCAAUUCUCGACUGUGCCCCCGGUGCGCAAGCGAGCAAUCGAAGGAAGGAAGGAGGAGGAAGGGUGGGCUGUUACGUGCGUUGCGUUCGUUCGUUCGUUCAUUCGUUACGUUGAUUCUGCGAGUCCCGCUCUCUCUAUUUCGAGCGAGGGCGGCGAUUCGAAAGGGCGGAGGACGGAGAGUAGUCGAUGCCUAUGCAACUGCAGACUCUCACGCUAUCGCCAGCAGCACUUGAUGGAACUUUAACCACGGGUCCAUCGUUGGAAUUGUUCUCGAGCGUCGACAAACUCACAAGCUUGUCCAUCAACUCUACCACUGCAAUGGUGAUGCCGAAGGUGGCUUCCGCGACCUCCAUGCCGGGCCUGCUGGCCUCGAGCUUCGCCUGCACGAACGUGACGGGCGACAUGGACGAUCUCAAGGCCAGAGCCUUCGCAUCGGCGACUGCAACUCCUGUAAAUAUCUCGCUCCCCCCGAAGGACGGAGCCGACGGGGCCCCGAAAGCCUCAGAGCAGUCGUCGAUCAAUCUCAAAGCGGAGGCCGCCAGCAACAACAGCGGCCUCAGACCUCGGGCAGACGCAUCGGGCAAAUACUCGGCCAUCAUCGAGGCGUCGAAGGAGAUUCUGAAGCAGAAUGAUCGGGGCGGCUACACCAUCCCGGCCAAAGGCCUCUACCCGUACCAAUGGAACUGGGACUCGGCGCUCGUCGCGCUCGGCUGGGCCAGCCUCGACGAGACGCGUGCAUGGGAGGAGCUCGAGAAAUUGCUGUCAGCGCAGUGGAACGACGGCAUGGUGCCGCACAUCGUGUUUCACCAGCCGAGCCCCACAUACUUUCCGGGGCCGGAGAUCUGGGGGUCGGUCGAGAGCCCGCGCGGCAGCACGGGCAUCACGCAGCCGCCGGUGGCGGCCAUCUCGGUCCGGCGACUGUUCGAGAGCGCGCACGACAAGGAGCUGGCGCUGAAAACGGCCACCGAGCUGUUCCCGAAGCUGCUGGCUUGGCACCGGUGGUUCUACAAGGCGCGCGACCCCGAGGGCACGGGGCUGGUGGCCACCCUCCACCCGUGGGAGAGCGGCAUGGACAACAGUCCCGCCUGGGACGAGGCGCUCGAGCGCGUGCCCGUCGCCAAACUGCCGCCGUAUGAGCGACGCGACCUGGGCCAUGUCAACUCGGCCAUGCGCCCGCGCAAGGAGGAGUACGAUCGGUACCUGACCCUGGUCUACCUGUUCCGCGACGCGGACUACGACCUCAAGAAGCUCUACAACCUGUCGACGUUCCGCGUGACGGAUCUGUGCACCAACAGCAUUCUGCACCGCGCGAACCUGGACCUGCAGUGGUUGGCGCGGCAGAUCGGGCGCGACGACGCGGACCAAGAGAUCGCGACCUGGAUCGCCAGGACGCAGGUGGCCUUCAACUCGCUGUACGAUCCGGCGGCGCAGAUCUACAAGUGCCGGGACCAGCUCACGGGCCAGAUGAUCGACGCCAGCACGUCGGCCGGGUUCCUGCCCCUCUUCGCGCGCGUGGCCGACACGGCGCAGGCCGCCGCGCUCGCCGCGACCCUGGAGCGGUGGCUGAAGAAGGUGCGCUACGGCGUGCCGUCGUGCGACCCGACCGACGCCCGGUUCGAACCUCUGCGGUACUGGAGGGGCCCCGUCUGGGCCAUCGUCAACUGGAUGAUCACCGACGGCCUCCGCGCCUACGGCUACGACGCGCUGGCCGAGACCGUCGAGCUUCACACGCUCGAGCUGGUCGAGCAGCACGGCAUCUACGAGUACUUCGACCCGGUGACCGGCGCCGGUGCCGGUGGCAGCUACUUCUCGUGGACGGCGGCCAUGUGCCUGGCCUGGAUCCUCAGACCUUGACCGAACGAACGCACGACGCAAUUGCUCGAUUAGAUCUCGAUCGCUUUCCUUGAUUCCUCGCUUACGUUCACGACGGAUCUCUUCUUUACUCGUCUUCUCUCGAAUUCUCGGAUUCGAUCCCCUCGAGCCGCUUUUCUCGGAUCAGUCGAGAGAGGCGCCCGGUCCUCACUUAGCCCGCUGCCACGUUCACGUCUCGCCUUAGAUUGCGGUUUUUUCCUGCUAAUAAGCCCGGCAGACUCUGAUACAGCACGAGUGGAGUCGAGUAGAUCAUGUUAAGCUUCUAUCUCAAAUGUGGGUCUGGACUAUGUCAGGGAUCGCGUUAGCACCCACCGUAGCUUUAGAAACGAACGGUAGCACCGCAAACUAGUUCGACAGUCUUUGUUAAUUGUACAUGGUAGGUCAGUCAGUCAGUCAGUCCGUCAGAAUAAGCUUUGCUUGCUACCAUUGGGUGAAGGGUUGCUCAUCCUCUCUUCACCGUUCUUCCGAUGUCUCGACAACAGAGACAUUGCAGAUUAGAUCCACUUGUACACACCUGCCGAGUCGUUCUUCUUUGGAACAUCUCUUGUCUGUAAUUUGUAAGCAUAUUUAGCCACACUCUAGUAGAUUAUAUAUGUGCCCUGUUUAUGAGUGUUGCAAGCAAUUGGCUCGCUGUGCCCAUUGUAUCCACUCCUUUUCCUUGGAGACACCCUAGAUCUCUAAAUUCCCAGAUUCGU